AUGCAGUUCAAGUUGGAGUCAAGACGAGGGUUGUCAGAUAUGGUGCGAUAUUGGCUAGUUGAGAUUGAUUCAGAGACCAAUAGAAAUGGCUUUGAUCGGAAAGAUAAAUAUUGUAUUUUAUGGCAAUUGCGUAUAUGUUACGUGAUGACUAUGCAGUUGGAGGCAAUUGCAUUCUAUCUUAAGGUUCAUAAUGUGGGCUUAGGGGCAGUCCCAACACUUGUUGUAACCGACAUACUCGUCUACAUAGGAUCAUUUCCCAUAGGAAUAGAAGCAGUUCCAUGGGUUGUGAUGUCUGAGACUGGAACCAUAGCCACAUUGGUGAAAUGGUUUGGUGGAUGGCUAUGUUCCUAUACUUUCAACUUUCUCACGAGUUUGAGCUCAUAUGCUCAUGUUCCAUUUUUAAUGGCUAAAUAUGAUAACUCAUCAAAAUCUCCAUGCCUUAGGAUGAUUAUCACUAACUUCCCUAAAUGA